AUGUUGCCAGCAGGCAUAAUCAUAUGUGGCAGCCAACUUGGCCAACCAAGUUACCGAGAAGUCGUGAUGACUAUUGGGCUUGUGUUGGUUCUACUUUCUUGCUGCUUUUGCUGCUGCUCCCUACGGCGAACUUGCUGCGAAGGCAUUUUCAAUUUACCUGAGCCCGCACCAUUGGUGCCUCCGCUGUCCAAGAUGCCUGGUGCGAGGCAAAUACCGAUCAAGAAAGUACUGCUGAUCUACAACCCUCACGCUGGCAAGCGGCAAGCUGAAAGGAUUCUGACAGAAGUGGUGCUGCCAGGUUUGCGCAAGCGCGGGAUUGACUGCACAGCAAUUGCUACGGAGGGUGUGGGUCACGCUCGACAGCUGGGAAUGACACUGCAGCUUGCGGAAUUCCAGGCAGCUGUGACGCUCGGAGGUGAUGGCACCUUUCAUGAGCUGGUAAAUGGCAUGUUUGCGCGUGAGGACGGAAAGCAGAUUCCGGUGAGUCUAAUCCCAUUGGGGACAGGCAACGGCUUGUCAGCCACCCUGCGCCAGAACAUGCAGCGACAAGGCGAGGAGGUGUCUGUUUGGUCAGAGAUGGGUGCAGUGCUCGACUGGUCCCUUGACAGGAUUGCAGGAGGCCAGGUCUCUCGCGUUGACCUCUUAGAGGUGGAGGUCAUGAACCGACGCCUUCUGGCGGUGAUGAUGGUCUACGUUGGUCUCUUCGCCGAGGUGGACGUGGUAGCUGAGCCCCUGCGGUGGCUGGGCCCUGCUCGCUUUGACCUCGCCAGCGUGCUCAUGAUCUUGAAGCAGCAGACGCUCAAUCUCAGGUGCAAGUUGAGUCUGGCAGACGGGACCUCGCAAGAAGAAAGCCUGUCGACAAUUGGAGCAUGCCUGGGCCUGUGUCAGCACUUCUCGGACAAGCUGCGCUCUGUCCCUGAGGCUCAGCUUGAUGACGGCCUGGCAGAGUUCUCAGUCCUGGGCUCUGGUGCCACCGUGGACCAGACCUUCGCGGGCUUUUUGAAGCUGCCCAAUGGCGCGCACACCGGUGACAAGGACGUCUGGGACUCGAAGCAGAUUACGAGCGCGGAAUGGAUCUUCGACGGUCCAGGGAUCUUCAACGUAGAUGGUGAGGUCCUUGAGCAUGAUGGUCUCCUCCGCAUUCGCGUUUUGCCAGCAGCUCUUGAAUUGCUCGUUGGCAAGGAUGAAGUAGCCUCUGCCGGUCCGGCUGAUGAGGCAGCACCUCCCACGUGGCGCGCGGACCCAGCACGCUGGCGCAUGCUCCUGCUCUUUAUGUUCGGCUGCAUGGCGAACCAGGCCAUUUGGAUCGGCUUUGCUCCAAUUGAAUCUGACGUCAUGAAGGAGUACGGCGUGUCUGCAACAUGUGUGAACUUCUUAUCGAUGGUCUUCAUGAUCGUGUACCUUCCCGCGAACUUCCCAGCCUCCUAUGCCAUGGACGUCUUGGGCUGUCGAUGGGCUUUGCUGAUUGGCGGCUGCCUACAGACAUUGGGAGCUGUUCUGAGGUGCCUGCCGGCCGAUCCUGUCACUACUCGAUACCUGGUCAUGACUGGGCAAGCCCUGGCUGCUGCUGGGCAGCCCUUUUUCACAGACAUGCCGCCCAAGAUUGCAGCAGAUUGGUUCCCUGCCUACCAACGAGUGUUGGCAGACACGCUGGCCUCGCUGUCAAUCUCCGUCGGCGCAGCUGUAGGCUUUGUGCUGCCAGUGGCCUUCGGCCUCCACCAAAUGCUCUAUGUGCACCUGGCAUGGUCGGCACUGUCUCUGAUCCUGAUCUUGGCAUUCUUUCGAUCAUCACCUGCAACACCUCCGAGCCCGCUGUCCACGCAGCGCCAUGAGGGCAAAUCUUUUGGCGCGGAGCUCCGAAACGCGUUGGGCAAUGGCAAUUUGUGGUGCUUGAUCUUGUCCUUCAGCUGCAGCUUGGGCUCUUUCAACACCCUGAGCACCCUGGCAGCGCAGCUCGUCGGCCCGUUUGGCUACAGCUCAGAUGACGCUUCGAUCUUCGGGGUGGCCUGCACCAUUUGCGGUGUCUUCGGUGCCCUUGUGAUGUCCGUUAUCGUCGGCCUCACGGGAAAGCAUAAGGCCGUCCUUACAACCUGCUGCGUGCUUUGUGUACUCUUCGCCGUGCUGGCUGCCUCAACAGUCAUCUAUGUGGGCAGUGGGCCAGGAGGCUUGGAGCUCUUGGCUGUAGCCUUUGCUGGCCUCGGCUUCUCAGCCACCCCAAUGAUGCCCAUCUCCUUCGAGGCGGCCGUGGUGGUUGGGCAUCCCACUGGAGAGGGAACGCUGGCUGGACUCUGUAUGUCUGGUGGGCAAAUCCUUGGGAUAGGUCAGACCCUGAUUCUGGGACAACUUCUUCAGAGCGGCCACCCAAAGGCUGCUUGGAUCCUCUCGGGCGGGCUCUUCGGGUUGGCCCUGCUUGCCGUGAGUUUGUUUGCGCCCAAAAGCCAGUCCUACCAGCUGCCGCUGCUUGAGGAGUCCGAUGUAGAAGACUCUCGGACCUCCUCGUCCUCAUGA